GGAUUUGUAUUCACUAUUGUUGUUACAUUUGUAAAUUAUAAACGCAACUAAAAGAAAUAAAAAACAAGCCAACAGCAACCACACAACAAAAUAAAAGAAGGAAACCGUUGAAAAAAAAAAAUAUUUUUUUUUACUAAAAAAAUUAAAUAACAGAAAUUGUAGUUUAACCUAACGCGGCAUAAACUAUAUCAAUAACACAAAGAUAAAAAAAAAUCUACAUACAUGUGGAAAAGUAAAAACUCGAGUGUUUUUGAUGUGAAAGAUCGAUCAGAGCAUUGUCGUCGUCAUCAGCUCCCGGAGUAACAGAAAAUCAGUAACAGCAGUGAUAAAUUCCCAACUACAGCAGGAAUACUAACGAUACCAUCUAACACCAACAACAUCAACUAAUACAAAAAAAAAAAUAUAGAUCCAAAGCGUGUUUUUUUUUUACCAACCAUCAUAUUUACAAAAUAAAUCUUUUUGGAUUUAAAGCGAUCAAAAGUAGCCGUACAGCAACCAUCCGCUCAAGUUUUUGUUCCAUGUAAAAAUAUUGAAAUAAUAGAAGGCUGGUCUGGAACAACUGUUAGUUACGUCGUCUUAUAACGAAGUACAUUAAAAUUGGAUCGUAUAUUGAAUGACAGAAUCUUCGUCUGAUUUGUAAUAAAGAAGCGUCGUUUCAAUGGUUUUAUGAAGAUAAGAAUUGCGAACGUAGGAAAUCAAAAACCAAAACCAAUAGAAGAAAAAAAAGGACAUCCUAUAGUAACUUAUACAUUUAAAAUCGAACUCUUAGUGGCAUUUAUUAUUCAUUUCCAUGUAAAUCCAAAAACAAUAGCAGCAACAGCAACAAAUAACCAAUAGAAAUACCCAGUUUUAGGCGGAAGGACACAAACACACGAAAGGAACAUAGCAAGCGUAGCGUAACAAAUCCAAGAGAAGUGAAUGAGGCAUAUAACACCAACAAUAAUUUAAAAGGAAACACCAACAACAAUAGCCGACAGCAAAUUUCCACAAAAAAGAAGAAUAAACGCUUUAGACGCAGUAUUCCAGUAUUCGCAAUCGAAAAGUGUUUUGUAGAAAUGUUGGCAAUCGUUCCUAGAUAAUUGGGAUAAAAACUAACGACACCAGCAGGAGGUGCAACUGGUCUGGGUAGAGCAACUACAUUUUUUAUUCCAUAGUAGUUUUUACCUUCCAAAGUCAGACUUCCGCCGCCGCUGACGACGACGACGACGACGCCGACGAUUAAUGAGCCUGUUUCGUCAAAAUCAUUCAAUAAAAAUAUAUAGGAAAAAAGAUAUCAUCGAAUAUAUCUUGGAAUUUGGUUUCCAUCAGAAUCUUUAGUCUUCUACUAUACUACUACUACUACUACUACUAUUACAACUAUAUAUACAACAUACAUACAUACAUAUACAACAAAAUAAUUAUAUAUAAAUCAUUAGAAAAUAAUUUAUUCAACGUGUGGCGAUUAAGCAGCGUUAGCAGCUUAAAAUCAUUUAGUUAGCAUGGAGUGCUGUUUAUCAGAAGAGGCCAAGGAACAGAAGCGUAUCAAUCAGGAAAUUGAACGGCAGUUACGUCGUGACAAAAGAGAUGCGCGAAGAGAGUUGAAACUAUUGCUACUGGGUACUGGUGAAUCCGGUAAAUCCACCUUCAUCAAACAGAUGCGUAUUAUUCACGGCAGCGGUUAUUCAGAUGACGAUAAACGUGGCUAUAUUAAAUUAGUGUUUCAAAAUAUAUUCAUGGCAAUGCAGUCCAUGAUAAAAGCUAUGGAUAUGUUAAGUAUAUCAUAUGGUGUUGCUGACCAUUCGGAACUUGGUGAACUUGUAAUGAGCAUUGAUUACGAAUCGGUGACAACAUUUGAGGAUCCAUAUUUGUCAGCCAUUAAAACACUAUGGGCUGAUGCAGGCAUUCAGGAAUGUUACGAUCGACGAAGAGAAUAUCAAUUAACAGAUUCAGCCAAAUAUUAUCUUAUGGAUCUUGAUCGUGUGGCUCAACCUAAUUAUUUACCAACUGUGCAAGAUAUUUUGCGUGUUCGUGUUCCGACAACGGGGAUUAUUGAAUAUCCUUUUGAUUUAGAAGAAAUACGAUUUAGUUACAUAAGCGAUAUACCACGUAUUGAGUUGCCAGAUUAUUUGCCAACUGAGCAAGAUAUUCUACGUGCUCGUGUACCCACGACAGGAAUUUUGGAAUAUCCCUUCGAUUUGGAUGGCAUUGUAUUUAGAAUGGUAGACGUCGGCGGUCAGCGUUCGGAGAGAAGAAAAUGGAUUCAUUGUUUUGAAAAUGUAACAUCAAUCAUAUUUUUAGUGGCCCUUUCGGAAUAUGAUCAAAUUUUAUUCGAAUCUGAUAAUGAGAAUCGUAUGGAAGAAUCAAAAGCUUUAUUUAGAACUAUUAUUACGUAUCCAUGGUUCCAGAAUUCAUCAGUAAUUCUCUUCUUAAAUAAGAAAGACUUGUUAGAAGAAAAAAUUAUGUAUUCGCAUUUGGUAGAUUAUUUUCCUGAAUAUGAUGGUCCACAAAGAGAUGCCAUAGCCGCCCGAGAAUUUAUAUUACGUAUGUUUGUGGAUCUAAAUCCAGAUUCAGAGAAAAUUAUUUAUUCUCAUUUCACAUGUGCUACAGAUACGGAGAACAUACGAUUUGUGUUUGCAGCUGUUAAGGAUACGAUUCUUCAAUCAAAUCUAAAGGAAUACAAUUUGGUCUAAACGGGUCUUUAGACAAAAACAAAAGAACUAAUUUUGUGAUUUUAUUAAUUAUGAAUGAAUUCCUUCUUUUUUCACUAAACCACAAA